GAGAGGUGCGCGUACAAGCAGUCCCAUUCUCAAAUGUGAGUGCGCGUAUUCGUGCAUGAGAGGGGUGCGCGCUUGAGGGGCUGCGGUCCCAUUGACUGUUCCAUCUCCCUGACAGCAGCAUCAGCAACAGUAGCAAAGAGCAGAGCAACGUACGGACUCCGCCUAGCCAACAUCAAACACCAAACCCGAGCCUAGUGGUAGGGAAAUUUCACAGCAACCAAACCCAUGCGCCGCUGAUUUACUGUGUGUUAUCUCCCGAUUAAAGAUGGGCUACCAGUAAUUGGAGGUGGAUUUUGGUGGGGUGGGGGAAGUCGAACUGAAAAAAAAAAGCACAAUCGUGGGUGCCCGCAACCAUGAAAGGCUUGCACUGUUUGCAAGAGCCGCUGCUCUGUCCGUGGACUAUAUUGUGAGAAGUGGGUUUGUACUCGGGUUUUAUUAAGAAAACGGCACGAUAAGGAGGGCUAUAACAUGUCUGCUUCUCUGGGGUCCCACGGCCCUCGCCCACCCACCGCGCCUCCUUCGAUGCAAGAUCUGCCGGACCUGAGCCAUCUGACGGAGGAGGAAAGAAAAAUUAUAAUGGCUGUGAUGGUUAGACAGAAGGAAGAAGAGGAAAAAGAAGAAGCCAUGUUAAAAGAUGAAAAUCCAAUAGAAGCAAGAACUGUGCUCGUUUUGGGAAAGAAACUUCCUGAACAAAUUGAAAUCAGAAGAUUGCACCAACAAUUUGAAAGCUACAAAGAACAAGUCCGGAAGAUUGGGGAAGAAGCACGGAGAUACCAAGGAGAGCACAAAGAUGAUGCUCCAACCUGUGGAAUCUGUCGCAAAACCAAAUUUGCAGACGGCUGUGGCCACAUUUGCUCCUACUGCCAGACGAAAUUCUGUGCCCGGUGUGGAGGACGGGUCUCUCUCCGCUCCAACAACGAGGACAAAGUGUUUCACAUAUCGAAUGACAGGGUAAUGUGGGUUUGCAAUCUGUGUCGUAAGCAACAAGAAAUUCUGACAAAGUCGGGAGAAUGGUUUUUUGGAAGAGGUUCGCAGGCAUCCAGUCUGGAUGGGGCUCUGAGCGACACUGCCAUGCGUGGUGAUGUUCCCAGAGAAAAGAAAGUUCGUUCGAGAUCCCAAAUCCCCUUAAGUACGGCGGCAGGCUCUCAGGAAGCCCCCCAGCCCGUUCUUGCUACUGAAAGGAGCAAGGGAGCAGAUUCUGCUCUGCAAGCAAUGCCUUCCUCCCGCUCCAGAAGUGAACCCCCAAGAGACAGGAAAAAACCCUCAGCAAUUCCUGAGCAGAAUGGAAAGGCAGGUGUGAAAAAUGAACGGAAGCGCGUGCCAAAGUCUGCUGCUCAGCACGGCGAACGGCAGAUAGAGGACAAGGAGCACAAAGAGCGCCGUGAAAGUCGGCGACUGGAGAAGGGCAGGUCACAGGACUACCCAGACAUGGAUGAGGGGAGAAAAAAAGCUGAGGAGGAGAAGCAAAGGAAAGAAGAGGAGUUCCAGACACGGUACCGCAGUGACCCUAAUUUAGCAAGGUAUCCCAUCAAACCCCAGCCCGAAGAACAGGAGAUGCUCAUCCACGCAAAAGUCUCAAAAGCUCGGCAUCAGAGGAGGCAUAGCGAUGUGGCUUUGGCAAACACAGAGGCAGAGGGAUCAGAAGUGUUAGAGAACCGACUGGGAAGGCGAUCGCAGCCUCCUGGGGCAGAAGAACAUAAAUCGCCAAUGGAAAACCACAGGUCAUAUUCAAUAGAAAGAACAGGUAAUGUGCAAAUCUCUGUUUCCAAGCAGAUGGCAAAUCAUAGCCCACCCACUGCGCGGCAUAGUCUAGUUCCUGCUUCACAAUUAGAAUCCAAGGACCAAGACUGGGGCAAAAAGCAAUGUCAUCUAGACCCCAGUUCUGCGGCUAUUAUCCGCAAGACCAAGCGGGAAAAGAUGGAGACCAUGCUGAGAAAUGACUCACUCAGUUCUGAUCAGUCGGAGUCUCUAAGGCCUCCCCCUCCCAAACCCUACAAAACAAAACGAGGAGGCAACAAACGACAAAUGUCUGUGAGCAGUUCCGAAGAGGAAGGAGGUUCUACUCCAGAGUACACAAGUUGUGAAGACGUUGAGAUUGAGAGUGAAAGUGUCAGUGAAAAAGGUGACUGGGAUUGCUUUCCUCUGGAUCCUGCCAUCUGGCAUGUAAGUGAGACUUCCCCAAUUAGUUCGCACCCUGUUACAUGGCAGCCAUCCAAAGAAGGUGAUCAUUUAAUUGGACGCAUUAUUUUAAGCAAGAGAACAACUAUGCCAAAAGAAUCAGGUUCAUUACUAGGGUUAAAAGUUGUUGGAGGAAAGAUUACAGAAACAGGAAGACUUGGUGCCUUCAUCACAAAAGUAAAGAAAGGAAGCUUAGCUGAUGCUGUUGGACAUUUAAAAGCAGGUGAUGAGGUGUUGCAAUGGAAUGGAAAAUCAUUACCUGGAGCUACAAAAAAGGAGGUUUACAAUAUCAUUUUGGAAUCCAAAUCAGAACUCCAAGUUGAAAUCGUAGUUUCAAGACCAAUUGGAUGUAUUCAUCGAUUUCUUUCCAAAAACUUCUUGAGAAAGGUGUAUAAAGCAUACCAAGAUAUCCCAAGAAUUCCAGAAACUUCACAUCCUCCACUAGAAUCCAGUUCGAGUUCUUUUGAGUCCCAGAAAAUGGAAAGACCUUCAAUUUCAGUUAUAUCCCCAACGAGUCCAGGUACUCUCAGAGAUGCUCCUCAGGUUCUACCAGGACAGCUUUCUGUAAAGUUGUGGUAUGAUAAAGUGGGACACCAGCUAAUAGUUAAUGUACUUCAAGCAACUGGCCUCCCAGCAAGAAGUGAUGGGCGACCAAGGAACCCAUACGUCAAAAUGUAUUUUCUUCCGGACAGAGGUGACAAGAGUAAACGGAGGACUAAAACAGUCAAGAAGAGCCUGGAGCCGAAGUGGAACCAAACCUUUCUGUAUUCCCAUGUACAUCGAAGGGACUUCAGAGAGCGAAUGCUGGAGAUCACCGUAUGGGACCAACCAAGAGUACAAGAGGAAGCAAGUGAAUUUCUGGGAGAGAUUCUAAUAGAGCUGGAAACAGCUCUGUUGGAUGAUGAGCCACACUGGUACAAACUCCAGACGCAUGAUGUAUCUUCACUACCUCUGCCACAGCCAUCACCUUACAUGCCACGGAGACAUAUCCACGGGGAAAGCCCAUGCAAAAAACUCCAAAGGUCUCAACGAAUCACUGAUAGUGACAUCUCAGAUUAUGAUGUUGAUGAUGGUAUUGGAGUAGUUUCAACAGCGGCAGAAUGCAGGUCUAGCAGCAAAGAAAGGAAAUCUACAACCCUCACUGUGCCAGAACAGCAGAGAGUGGCGCACCACCGCUCGCGGUCCGUUUCUCCUCAUCGCGGUGAUGACCAGGGCAGGACCCGGUCCAGACCACCAAGUGUGCCACUACAGAGGAGUUUAGAUGAAAUUCAUCAGUCAAGACAGUCUCGUUCCCCAACAAGAUACCAUGAUGCCUCUAGAAGUAAGGAUGAUCGCAGGUCCAGAGAUGGGGACAGCCAGUAUUUUCCAGAGGAAAGCGAGUUCCUCAUGCUGCCCAGAGCAAAGAGAGGGAGAAGUGCAGAGUGCCUGCAUACUAAAAGAAGUUCAAUUAAAUACAGCAAAACAUUACCUCCCAAGAUGCCGUUGUUAGUGAAUGGUAUUCACAGGAACAUAUACAGCUCCACUCUGCCUGCAUGUUUAAAGACUAAGUCACUGCUUAGAAAGGAUCCACCGAACCCUCGCACAUCCUUUAACACAAGAGUUCUGAGAUUCACAGAUGAAAUCAUGAGUAGUGACCUCCAGCCCUCUCUUGACAGGCUUAGAAGUGCUAGUACCAACUGUUUGAGACCAGAUACUAGUUUCCAUUCACCAGAACGAGAAAGAUCCUCUCAGUCACUGCCUAGGAGGCGACCUACAAGUCCCAGGAUUUUAAUCCAGCAUGCCUCCCCAGAGGACGACAGCUGGAUGUUGGAGCCUAUUGUCCCUAAGCAGGAGACUAUAAACCACCUCAGUGCUAAACCAGGGGCACUGCAGAGGCAGUCAAGAACACUGGAAAGGUCUAGCUCUCAAAAACAUAGUAGAAAAAACAGCGCACCUGAAAGUGAAAGAGAGCGGCUAACAUCUAGUGGGAGGGGAAUCUCUUCUGCCCCGAGAUCACCUGAUCACCUUAGCGUUAAAGAGAGGAAGCCGACCCGCUCCAGGUCGAGCGAGCGGCCUAGUGAACGAAUGUUCCGAUCUGUCUAUCAGAUUACUCCUGGCGGGUCAGCCCCCGCCUCCCCCCUGAUGCACAGAGCACAUCAGCAUGGCAGCCUAUCUCAGUCUCCUCCAAGCGGGACGCCUUUAUCAGGACGCAGAGGAAGGCAGCUUCCGCAGGUCCCAGUGAAAAGCAGCAGCAUAGAGCAAGCUCUUGCUGUAGAGGAACGCGCACGACAGCUGCAAAUGAAAGUACAUUCCUACAAGACAUCUGCCAUGUCCAGCUCCAGUCAGGAACUUGAGCGGGAACUGAAGACGAAGCGUGAGCUUUACAAAGAACAGCACAGGAGCUGUGACAAUGUGUCCACUAGAUCAUCGGACAGCGAUAUCAGUGACGUGUCAGCCAUUUCUCGUACCAGCAGUGCCUCUCGCCUCAGUAGCACAAGCUACAUGUCAAUACAAUCCGAGCGUCCCAGGGGCAGAAUCAGGUCAAAGUCCUUAGAAAGCUGCAAAGGUGAGGAGAAAAAAGAGAGAAGGAUUUCAUGGGAGUUAAAUGGCAGAGAGGAAAAGCAUGAACACACUGAAAGGAAGCACAGUACAGAAGACCUGAGUAGGAGGAGACACUCAGUUGCGGGUGACAUGAGCAGACAGAUGCGGCCUUCUGGGAGGAGCAUGAUGAAGAGCACAAGUGUGAGCGGGGAGAUCUACAACCUGGAGAGGAACGAUGGCAGCCAGUCGGACACGGCCAUCGGGACCGUCGGGACAGGGGGAAAACAGCGCCGGUCCAGCCUGAGCGCCAGGGUGGUAGCCAUUGUGGGUCUGCCAUCGCGGAGGAGCAGAAGCACAUCCCAGCUCAGCCAAACGGAAGCUGCCAACAAGAAGUUGAAAAGUCAGAUUCAAAGAAGCCAGGAAACGGGCAUGGCAGUAGAGUAUCCCAGGAAUGCAAUGGCUCGCCAGGCCAGUCGUGAGUCCACAGAUGGAAGCAUGAACAGCUACAGUUCAGAGGGGAAUUUAAUAUUCUCAGGGAUGAGAUUAGGAGCUGACAGCCAGUUCAGCGAUUUUCUUGAUGGAUUGGGCCCAGCGCAGCUGGUUGGUCGACAGACUCUCGCCACACCUGCCAUGGGCGAUAUUCAGAUUGGAAUGAUGGACAAGAAAGGGCAGUUAGAAGUAGAAGUUAUCAGAGCACGUGGCCUAACACCGAAACCAGGUUCCAAAUCUCUUCCUGCUCCAUAUGUUAAAGUUUAUCUUCUGGAGAACGGAGCAUGCAUAGCCAAAAAGAAAACAAAGAUUGCACGGAAAACACUUGAUCCAUUAUACCAGCAAUCACUGCUUUUUGAAGAAAGCCCACAGGGUAAAGUUCUACAGGUAAUAGUCUGGGGAGAUUAUGGGCGCAUGGACCACAAAUGUUUUAUGGGCGUUGCUCAGAUUCUGUUGGAGGAGCUGGAAUUAUCCAGUACAGUGAUUGGCUGGUACAAACUUUUUCCACCUUCAUCCCUGGUGGAUCCCACGUUAGCACCCCUUACUCGCCGGGCUUCCCAGUCAUCUCUUGAAAGCUCAACCGGACCUCCUUGCAUCCGAUCCUAGUGAACUUAGAGGAAAUCCACGUUGACAUAACAACAAAAAAAAAAACAGGAUAUCAAUCAGAACCAGACAAAAACACGAUUAAAGCUUUGUUGGAGCCAGACAAUCACUCCUGUUGUUUUUGCCAGUAGUACAUUUUUUUAAGAAAGAGGGCUGUUGCAAAAAUUGAAAAAAAAAAUUAAAAAGACAAUGCUGCUUAUAAUUGGCAGAAAAAAUAACCACCAUGUAGAUGCUAGUAGGCCAGUGUGAGUCUGUUUUAAUUUGUAACGUUUGAGAACUGAGUUAAUAUUGCAGCUUAAAAAAAUCUAACUGGAAGACCUUUGAGUCCUUUUGAGAGAGAAGGAAAUUUUGCCCACACGUCUGCUGAAGCUGUAAUCAGUGUUUAUUCGCUGCUGUGGUGCCCCUGUUCUGCACUUCUUUCAUGUAACCAAAGCCCUUGAAAAGGGCAGUAGCCUCUAAGAGCAUUCCAAGACAGUGUCUGUCAGCAAAACCUUCCCCACUUUCUGGACAGCGCUGGUUCCCAGUUCUGGUUCGUCUACCCCUUGAAAGCAGUUUACAGCAGCAUCUACAUGCUGCUCCUUUCCUUUUUCUUUUGUAUACAGGCACACGUUUGCAUUAUGAAUAAAGGUUUUUAUGUUCUCUGAUGUUUUGCAUGGAAAACAAAAGUUCUGAAGCAAUCUCUCUGCAAAUGAUGCUGGGGACUGUUGAAAAGCAGUUUCUGUCUUAAUUUCAACGGUAAAAUGUUAACUUGUAAUGCAGUUCUCUUUGUUGAAUCCUAAAUAAGUUAAAUUCAGUCCUGCCUGUAUAAAUAUAUAUUUGACUUCCCAGGAUGUUGACCAAUACAAGGGGUUAGCAUAUGACACUUUGAGCUGUACCCAGGCUGUUUGAAUAUGUGUCACUUUCGACACCUCUGUUUGCCCUGGUUAGAGCAUGGUAUAAUUUGUUUGGUUCCACUGACUUUCAGUGAGAUGCCCUGCACACGUUAAUGUUUUUAUCAGACUUUAGUUGACAUUAUUUUGAAAUUAAUGCAAGCACAAAAGCUUGAUUUUUUUACUGCAAAAAGUUAAACUUUUUCGACAAAAGAAGCCAAAUUUCAAUUUGCGUUUUGUCCAUUUCAUUUCCUCUUUGCCUUGAUUUUCAAAACUAAAUCAAACGAAAUUCCCUUGUGCAUUUCUGUAAAUGUGACAAAAAAGACUGCAGACUGUGCAGGUGCAAGGAUACCAUUUCCUCUCAUUCUUAAAGCGGUCAUUUUAUUUUAUGAUCAAGUAGAGCAGCAUGACUCUGGAACUGUUCAAAGCCGCAUGCACAUUUUGUAAAACAAAACAAAAAAAAAGUUACUUAAAUAAAUAUGUGUGUUAGUUCCACAUAGACCAGCUUGUAUGUUGCAUGUACUUGUACAGUUUGCUCGUACUUAUUAUAAAAAGAUAACCAAGAAACUAAAGCCAUUCAUUUCACAUAUAGACAUUUUGCACAGCUCAAUCCAGAUUGUGUCCUUCAUUCUGGUGCUCAAUGUCUAUAGAAGAAUAUUUUUGUUUUUUGUUUUUUUAACCCUAUGGGAAAAGUGACGUAGUAUUGACCAUACCCCCUUCUUACUAAAUAUCUUGGUGUAGAUUCCUACUGUGGGGCUGUAACAGAUGUAGAAAACUGUGUACAAACAAGAUUUUAAUUAUAUAUAUUUAUAUAUAUAAGAUGUACUGCCUGCACCAUGUGAUUGUCUGUUAUUAACAAACUGUCCAGGACAAAUUUGCCGUUUAUUCUGCAGGGCAAUCAAGGUUAAUCACUACUGGACCUGCUGAGCAGGAAGAACUGAAGCAUUGGUGCCCUAUUCGAUUUUAUUGUUUUAAAAAACAAUGGCCAAGCUAGAUUCCUGGUAAUUGGAUGCUAUCUUUCUAUUCAAAACCGUUGUCUGAACACUCCCCUGUGCUUUUAAAUGAACUUCCAACUCAUGUCAUGUAAACAUGUUUAAUAAAGUUUACUUUUCAUGUCCAGUGAGGCUGAUUCAUUUACUUUGUCAGUAUUAUUGAAAAAUGCUGAUUGUUUACAAUUGUGUUCCACUGAAACAAAGAGAGAGAAAAAAAAGUAUUCACUGCAACAUUUCUUGUUUGUAUUACAGAUGUGGCUCAAAUGACUCGUGUAUGUUUUAUAUAAAAAGUUCAUUUUUAUUAUUUACAAAUAAAAGAUUGUGUGGAAGAAAAUUAA